UCCAUCCUUGCACUUUUCUCCACUCUCGUGCCACAAAGAGAGGGACAUCAGACAUUAGGCCUGUUGGUAGGUCCUAGCAAAAAGAAGUUACUUCUCAUUUGACAACUUAUUGCCUUGCCUAUGUACUGGAAAGUUCCUGUGUACCAAGGUUGUUUUAGGCAAUUAGGGAAUUGCCCCCAGUCAUAAACAACAAAAGUGGAAUCAUCUAUCAACCUUUGUUGAGCUUUGUCUCUUCUAGGCUCCAGGACAUCAACUUCCAAACUCUUGUUCAACCUGAAUACCAACUCCUACCUGAUUCUGAAUCUCAGAAGGCCCUGCAUACCGCUGCCAUCAUCUUCAAGUCACACAUUUCCCCUCUGCAGUCUGGACUCUGCUAGGCAGGGCCUGCUCUACUCCCUUUAUCAGCCUGAAGUAACUCCAGAAGAUGACAACUAACUCCAGAUGCAAAAGAGGCUCUUGAAGGCAGUAGAGAUGGCACUUAUUCAAACUAUUAUUAGAAGAGACUUAGAAAACCCAACUGCAGUUAUUCAUCAAAAAAACAAGGGAUUCUGGAAUGGUUUCCUUCCCAGGCUCAGCCUGUACAUCAUUUAGUCAUUUAUCCUAUAUUGGCAGUAAAUAUGACUAAAAGGCCAUAAGGAGAGUCCUACAACUUUCAGGGUUUAUACCUCAUAUUCUAUAUAUUCCAUAUACUCAAACCCAAACUGAUUCCUUUUUGCAAGCAUUCCCUGAAUGGCAAUGCUUGUUAACUUAUGCUCUAAAUCUCCAUCAUGAAUCACCUUUGUGUCUCACAUACAUACAUCUUGGCCAUGGACUUUGGAAACUAAACCUUCUCAGAAGUCACUUUCAGGUCUUACCAUAUUCACAGAUGCCAACAAAAAUAAUAAAUGUUUUGUUUAUUCUAUGGAGUUAGCAAUAAAGAGGUUUAUUAUAUCCCAUUUACUUUACACAGCAAAAUGAACCAUAUGUAUUCAUUCUUGCUCUGCAAUUUUACCCUUAUGGUUGCAAUCUAGUCACAGAGUCAGCUUAUGCUGCUGGUGUUUUGUCACUCAUCUCCUCAUUGACAAUCUGGUGAUAUUUGCCCAGAUUUUGACUGCCAGGAACAGAAUCCAUGAAUAUUCUGGACUGCAGUAGUUAAAACUGAAUGUACUAUACUCUCUAUCUAUAUAAGUGGCAUACCAUUAGAAGGGUUGGUAGACACAGGCACAGAUCUUACAGUCAUUAGGGGUGCCAAGUGGUCCAGUCACUAGCCAAAGAUUAAGGUAGACUACAUGUCUGGCGUAGGAGGAUCAAUAGCAGCUGAAGUGAGUGCUACCCCUUUGAGAUGGACAUUUGAAGGUGAAACAGGAGUUGAAAAGAUCCCCAUCAAUCUGUGGCUAAAAGACAUCUUACAACAGUUAGGAUUACAAAUGAGGACUUAGGCUUUUUAGGCAGAGCUGCUGUUCCUGCACUCUCACCUGCUCCCAUUCAAUGGAAAAGUGAUACACCAGUGUGGAUAGAACAGUGGCCCUGAGCUAGCCAUAAAAUUCAGACCUUAUUAAACAAUAGUACAGGAGCAACUGGAUCGAGGACACUCACAACCUUCUCUAAGUCCUUGGAAUUCUCCUGUAUUUUGUUGUAAGAAAGAAACCAUAGACUGUUUUGGGAAACUGGGAAAUGUGUAGCUAAUAUUCCAGGCACUAAUAAAGGUAGACAAUAUGUGAACUAUGGCCCAAGAGUACCAGUAGCAUCAGAGGCUUGAAAUUAGUCUCUAAAAUUAGGCAUUGAUCCAUACUUAACACCAUACACCAAGAUAAGGUCAAAAUGGAUUCAUGACCUAGGCAUAAAGAAUGAGGUUAUAAAUAAAUUGGAAGAGCAUAGGAGAGUUUACCUCUCAGACCUGUGGAAGAGGAAGGAAUUUAUGAACAAAGAAGAACUAGAGAUAAUUAUUAAUCACAAAACAGAAAAUUUUGAUUAUAUCAAAUUGAAAAUUUUUUGUACAAACAAAAUUAAUGCAGACAAGAUUAGAAAGGAAGCAAUAAACUGGGAAAACAUUUUUACAGUCCAAGGUUCUGAUAAAGGCCUCAUUUCCAAAAUAUAGAGAGAAUUGACUCUAAUUUGUAAGAAAUCAAGCCAUUCUCCAAUUGAUAAAUGGUCAAAGGAUAUGAACAGACAAUUCUCAGACAAAGAAAUGGAAACUGUUCCUAGCCAUAUGAAAAUAUGCUCCAAGUCAUUGUUAAUCAGAGAAAUGCAAAUUAAGACAACUCUGAGAUACCACUACAAACUUUCUCUCCACUGUGGAUUUUCUCACUUUCCAAGUUACCAGGACCAUCUGGUCAAAUUGGCUAAGAUAACAGGAAAAAAUGAUGAGGAAUGUUGGAGGGGAUGUGGGAAAACCAGGACACUGAUGCAUUGUUGGUGGAGUUGUGAACGAAUCCAACCAUUCUGGAGAGCAGUCUGGAAUUAUGCCCCAAAAGUUGUCAAACUGUGCAUACCUUUUGAUCGGGCACUGCUACUUCUGGGCUUAUAUCCCAAAGAGAUACUGAAGAUGGGAAAGGGACCUGUAUGUGCCAAAAUGUUUGUGGCAGCCCUGUUUGUAGUGGCUAGAAACUGGAAAAUGAAUGGAUACACAUCAACUGGAGAAUGGUUGGGUAAAUUGUGGUAUAUGGAUAUUAUGGAACAUUAUUGUUCUGUAAGAAAUGACCAGUAGGAUGAAUACAGAGAGGCUUGGAGAGACUUAAAUGAACUGAUGCUGAGUGAAAUGAGCAGAUCCAGGAGAUCAUAAUACACUUCAACAACCAUACUGUAUGAGGAUGUAUUCUGAUGGAAGUGGAUUUCUUUGACAAAGAGAUCUAACUCAGUUUCAAUUGAUGAAUGAUGGACAGAAGCAGCUACACCCAAAGAAAGAACACUGGGAAAUGAAUGUAAACUGUUUGCAUUUUUGUUUUUCUUCCCGGGUUAUUUUUACCUUCUGAAUCCAAUUCUCCCUGUGCAACAAGAGAACUGUUUGGUUCUGCACACAUAUAUUGUAUCUGGCAUAUACUGUGACAUGUUUAACAUGUAUAGGACUGCUUGCCAUCUGGGGGAGGGGGUGGAGGAAGAGAGGGGAAAAGUCGGAACAGAAGCCAGUGCAAGGGAUAAUGUUGUAAAAACUUAGCCAGGCAUGGGUUCUGUCAAUAAAAAGUUAACUAUUUUUAAAAGAAUAAUAAUAAAAAUAAAUAAAUAAAGUAUAAAAAAAGAAAGAAAGAAAGAAUCUCUAAAAUGAAGGCUCGCCCUCCCCCUGUCCUCCUCUCGGGAUCCCAUUCCUCCCCAUCCCUCUCUGUGCCCUUUUUCUGGUCCCGACGCGGAAGGAGACAAGAGGGCUACGUGGGCGUCCUUGACAGCCAGGGAUAUAAGUACCGGCCCCAGACCUCCUGGAGCUUCAGAAGGCACUUGGAGCAGCUGGUGGAGGAAGCAGAGCGAGUCCGUCCGCCAUCGGCCAGAGUGUCUGCGCUUUCUAGGCUCGAAUUACUACGUAAGUUUUUUUUUUCUUUCUUUCUGUAUCUUUGCGGUGAUGAAGGGUCCCCCUGAGCGACGGUUUAUUGUCCCAAUGUUCUCUCGGCCCCAGCGCCGGAAACUCUUCCAAUCCAGGGCCGCCAAUGGAAGCGAGCUCCCGAUUGUAGAGGGCUCUCCCCUGUGUGCGGCAGCAGGGGGGCCUGGGGACAGCUCCUUGGCUACCUCGGCCCCGAACCGGGGCCACCCGGGCUCCCUGCCUCCCGCCCCGAACGGGGAGCAGGGAAACCGCAAGGUUGUGAAGGAGAAAGGGAAAGGGGACCAGGGAAAGGCCGAGUCCUCCCCUUGGCUGAAUGCCCGCCAUGUCUCCUUGGAAGGAGAGCGUCCCCCGCUCCUUCCCUUGGAAAACCCUGCCAGCAACGCGAUGCAGGGCCGCCUUGUGCCGCUCUGGCCCGAGGCUCUGCCGGGAAGCACCCCCGGGCCCAGGGAAGGCCAUCUGGCAAAGGAUGGCCCAGGUCUUGGGGGGCAAGAGGUAGGAGAGAAUGGGAGGAGGCCCCCUGCCAGUCUUACCGAGGACAAGCAACUGGGAGAGGGCUUGCACCUUGGCCUUCCCCCUUCUCCCUCCAGGGAAGUGGGGCAGCAGAAAGGCUCCAGAACCCCCAACACCAGGUUUUCAGACAUGGACAAAGGGCUGCGGACGCGGCCCAAGCUGAGCGGCGGCAAGAAGCUGCCAGCGACAACGGGGCGUAAAGCGGCCCUCCCGAGGGGGAAGCGCCCCGAGACCCAUCCCGAGGCCGGCCAAGAGGCCUGGAUAACAGACCUGGACUCCCUGCGCAGGCGCAUGCUGCAGGAGAUCCCGGAGCUUCAGGCUUUGGGGAAGCAGGAGGACGUGGCCGCUGCCGUCCCAACCCGCCAGGGCAUUGCAAAGAUCCAAGAGCAUCUGGCAGCCCCAGCGGGAGCCUUGCCAACGGCCCCGGGAGCCUUGCGCCUCCAGCCUCUGCCUUCUCCCUUCAAGGAGGUGGAGCAGGCGAAAGGCCUGGGGUCCCCCAAGGACAGCACGGACCAAAUGGACAGAGGGUCGCGGCUGCGGCGCAAGUGCAGUCCAGAGAAGAAGCGUCCCGGGCGUUGGGCUCAGCCAGAGCAGAAAAAAGACCUCCCGGCCAGGAAGCGCCAAACGCCGGCCAGCCCAGAGUUCUGGAUAAAAGACCUGGACUCCCUGCGCAGGCGCAUGCUGCAGGAGAUCCCGGAGCUUCAGGCUUUGGGCAAGAAGAAGGAGGAUUUGGCCGCUGCCGUCCGAACCCCCCAGGGCAUUACCGAGAUCCAAGAGCAUCUGGCAGCCCCAGCGGGAGCCUUGCAAACGGCCCCGGGAGCCUUGCGCCUCCCGCCUCUGCCUUCUCCCUUCAGGGAGGUGGAGCAGGCGAAAGGCCUGGGGGCCACCAAGGUCAGCGUCGUCCAAGUGGACAAAGGGAUGCAGGUGCAGGGAAAGCUUUGUCCAGACAAAGGGCCCAACGACUGUGGAGCGGAGGCAGAAGAGGAAGGAGCAGUGCCCAGGAAAAAGCGCAAGAAGGACCACGCUGAGCCCGGCCAAGAGAACCGCAAGAAGCUCCGGAGCUCCGUCAGCACCCACGGGCUGGAGCCAGACAAGAAGAAGGACAAGCUGAGUGGCCAGUCCAAGAUCCAAGAUCGUCAGUCCACUACAGAGAUCUCAGAGCGUUUGGAAGCCCCACCAGGAGCCUCGGCAAUAGCCCCAGUUGCCUUGCGCCUCCCCCCUCUGCCUUCUGCCUUCAGGGAAGUGGAGCAGACGAAAGGCCUGGAGGCCCCCAAGGGCAGCACGGACCAAAUGGACAGAGGGUCGCGGCUGCGGCGCAAGUGCGGUCCAGAGAAGAAGCGUCCCGGGCGUUCGGCUCAGCCAGAGCAGAAAAAAGACCUCCCGGACAGGACGCGCCAAACGCCGGCCAGCCCAGAGUUCUGGAUAAAAGACCUGGACACCCUGCGCAGGCGCAUGCUGCAGGAGAUCCCAGAGCUUCAGGCUUUGGGCAAGAAGAAGGAGGACGUGGCCCUUGAGUUCCUAACCCGCCAGAACAUUAUCGAGAUCCAAGAGCGUCUGGCAGCUCCGGCAGGAGGCUUGCAAACGGCCCCAGGAGACUUGCGCCUCCUCCCUCUGCCUUCUCCCUUCAGGGAGGUGGAGCAGGCGAAAGGCCUGGGGGCCCCCAAGGACACCACUAACCAAAUGGACAGAGGGCCCCGGCUGCAGCGCAAGUGCAGUCCAGUGAAGAAGCCCCCCGGGCAUUCAGCUCAGCCAGGGCAUAAAGCUCCCCUUCCGGGGAGCCCGGAGGCCUGGAAGAAAGACCGGGGCGCCCUGGGCAGGCGCAUGCCGGAAUCAGUGCAGGAGUUGCACGCUCUGGGCAAGCCGGAGCACAGGAGGGCCGGCUCUCUCCGAGCGCCCCGGUCACCUGCCCGGACUCACGUCCGUUUGCCAGCACCGGCAGCAGUCUGGGAAACAUCCCUGCAACCCUUGCGCUUCUCCACUGGUCAUUUUCCCUCUACGGGCGUUGAGCAGCCCAAGGACAUCGGGUACCCAGAGGCCAGAGGCGUGCAAGCGGACAGAGGGCUGCGGGGGCCGCCAAAGCCCUGGCCGGGCCGAGGGCUAGCUGAGAGUAGCGCUGAGCCGCAAGAGGAAGCGGUCCCGCUGACCAACAAGCGCAAGAGGGGCCUUCCUGAGCCCACUCCGGAGGUCUGGAAGAAGCUCCGGACCUUCCUCAGCGCCAACAUGCCUAAGGUUCCCCGGAAGAAAGACAAGCUGGCUGGGUCUGUCGGGGUCCCCCGGCCACCUCUCGAGGUCCAAGAGCUCGGGGGAACCCCAGCAGAAGGUCCCAUUCCCAGGCCGACGCAGGCUGGCCUCCGGACAGCUGCCAGAGACACGACUCCGAAGGCCGAUAAAAAGCCGGCUGAGCCCAUCCCCACUGGGCCUUCUCCGAGGGUGGCAGGGGCCCUUCGGCCUCCAGCUCCCUGGAGACAGUGGAGGCCUGAGCGGGAGGGCCUGAAGAGGAAGGCCCAGCGGGAGCGGGAGCUCGCUGCCAAGUACACGGCCCUGGGCAAGAGGAACUUUUUCGAGGAGCGGCAAAAGGACAUGGACAUCGCAAGGUCAAGACUGAAGAGAAGCCUACAAAGCUAAAGGUGAAGGUGAAAUCCAAAGAAAGAGAUAAGAGGGAUAUGGGAAAUUUCUUGUGACUUUUCAUUACAAUUACUGAGAUGUGGCAACUGAAUAUUACCAGAAUCCAGAGUUGGAGAAGAGUAACCAAAGCUGCCAAGUAAAUUGAUGGGAAUAAGAUGGUGAUCAGGUGUUAUGAGUUCAAAUGUUGGAGUUCUUGUUCUUCUCAAAACACAGCCGGUUUAGCUUAGAUCCCUCCGAAUAUCUCCAAAUCCAAAGGUUCUGUCCUUCAGCCUCUGCCUCUGCUUUCUUCAGCCUCCGACCAACACAGAGAUGGAAUGAAUCUCUUGUCUCCUUCACUUGGGGCUUGGCUAGCUUUCUGGUGACUCUUUCAGACCAGCUUGGUCUCAGUGGGGGGCGUGCAGGAGCCCAGCCACCAGCUACGGUGGUGUGAGAUGAAGAUAAAUCUGGUUGUCCACUGAACUCUCCACUUGUAGCUUUAUCCUCUGAAAACUCUUCGUCUGCCACCAGCCAGCCAAGUGGAAUGUAUUCUGCCUUGCCUCGGAAAGAGGGCUUCUGGCGUAAUUCCGCUGAAAUCCGUCAAAGUGCUCUCUGCACCAGAGUCGCUCCUCUCGAGUCCAGCUGAACUCUCUUCUGCGACCAGCCAGCCAAGAGGAAAAAUGUAUUCUGGAAUAGAUCUCUCAUCACUGGCCUUAUAAUCUGACUCUUCUGAGAGAAUGGGAUUAUGGGUUUUCUCCCAUAGUGCUCUCUGGCCCAAAGAGCUUUAAGGGAGGUAUGAACUCCCUUGAAGUUAAAAAGUUUACUUUGUGAAGCUGGCAUACUUGUGAACUCCAAUGAGUAAAGGUGUUUACACAAGCCUUGUAUUAAUUAGUUCUACUUAGUACCUUGUUUCAGGUUCUGGCCAAAAUCUUCUUGUAAGAUUAGAUCAACUCUAAUGAGUUAGCAGUUAGUAAGGAUUCCAACAAUCAGGCUCUUUGAGAGUAAAAUAGGGAAAUUACAGGAAACUGAGAUUAUCGCCAUAUAUCUUCACAUAAGGAGCUUUGUGAUGGUCAUGAAUUUCAUGAUAGCUUCCAGGUUUGUCUAAAAUAAAAAGGACAUUAUAUCUAAAAUUGUGAAACUAUUGGUUAAGUUAUUAGGGUCUAUUCUGGUAAGGUUAAAUAGUUCCAUAAAAGAAUUUGUGCAUUGCUCCAUUUAUAGAAUCAUUCUUGCAAACAAUCCUUGACCAGAGGGGGAAAAUAAUUCUUGUAUAGAAUCUUAUUGUGAAUUAUGAAGUGAAGUUGCCCUGUAGUAACAUUUCAUUUUUAAUCAAUUUAAUAUAUUUAAUGCUCUUAAUCCUAAUGUACUCCAGUUUUAUAGAUUUGAUUUUGUUUUCAGGAUUACAAUAUCAUGAAAGAUGACCAUCUGUUUGUGUGCAAAUAAUCGUGAGCUUCUGAGAGAUUCUUUUGGACCAAACUACAGUAUAUAGUAUCAAUCUGGAAUUCCAAAAUAUAAUUAUUUUCUGAUUUAUAGUGAUAGAUUUUAUACAAGGAUUAAUUUAAGUUUUAAGAGAAAAAGAAAAAAGAUAUCGAAUACAUCCAGCCCUAGCAUGAUUAGUGAAAGUUUCUAUGUCAUGUAAAAUCCCACGAGAUUAUUAUCUGAUGCUAUUCUUUAGUUUUGAUUGUCUGCAUUAUCAUAACAACAAUAGUCCACCACUCAGUGGGAAUGCCAUGUGUAUCCCAAAGGAGGUGUGCAGUCCCAUAGCUACUCAGGUGGACAUGUACUGGAGAAAGUUGAGAGGAUAACUUGGGCAUGACCCUUUAAGGUAAGAUUCUCUUGAUCUGAUUUUCCCACAGGGUGCUUCUUUUUGAACCUGCAAUACCCUGUAAAGAGUGGAAUGUUGGCUACUUCUCUGGUGAUUCCAAAACUUCACCGUUACUCUUAGCUAAAGUUAAAAAGAACUCAGGAUGCUUCAUCCCACAGUAUAUGCAUUGAUUCAUUCUGCGUCCCUGUUCUGAGACACUGCAGACUAGUACUAUUAUGCUCAUGUCCCUCCUUCUUCUCAUAGCCUAUCUGUAUAAAUGCAAUUCAAACAAUGAUUGCUUUAUAUCUAAUCUCAAUGUUACAAUGUUUCACAUAAGAUCUAAGUGUAUAUGAUCUUACUCUUUUAAAUUUAAGAAUAAAGUAUCUUCCUAUCCUAAACUUCAGAAUAAGUGUUUGGGUUUGUCAUCUGCCUGUUACUAAUUUUAUUUUCAUGUAUAAGAUAAGCUCCUUGAAAGAGCUAAGGGGAUUAUGGAAACAAUUGGGUAAUGUUAUAUCAGUUGUUGAGAAUGAGAUCAAUGUAUUCUUUAGAGAGUUCAAGUCAGAAACACUUCUUAUCUCUAUUAAAAAGAAUUUUUGUGCAA